GUUAUAAUCCAAUCGAAUGGAAACGCGUCGAUUGUGUAUGGGGAAAGACGUCUGAUAGUUUCAUUUUUUCUUUCCCGAAUAACGACUUUCAAGAUGCGAUCCUUAGUCGUGUUAAUGUUGUCUCAAAAGCCGUGAGCUGGGAAUUGGAAUUUGGUCCAUCCUUUGGAAACGAUUUAAUAAUGAUUGGGCCUAAUCUACAAAAGCGUUGUCUUUGUAACGUUUCGAAUCUGCCGCAGGUAUACGAGAAAAAGUUACGAACCUCUUCAGAUGAAUUUGAGAUAGUCGACUAUGAA